AAGAGAGCUAAACAAAUCCUGAUUGAUCUCACCGGACUAUACAGUAGAAGAGCCAAUAAACCGAUUAUGAGGAUCCAUCUUUACCUCUGGCUUCUCUCUAUGUAAGUCAAACCUAAUAUUGAUAAUUGUAUUGAGUUGUAAUUUUUUCUUGCCAUAUCUCCACAUUCUGAAUAAAAGAAUGUGCUUUAUCACAUCACUUAGUAUGGUUUGCUAAGAAAUUCAGCAAAUAUUUGUUUCAUUUUUUGACAGUGGUCCUGUUGUUAUUUGCUUUUUAAAGAACUAUUUAAACUUUUUUCUUCUGUUGAAAUGUUCAAAUUAGUUAAUAUCAUGUCUUCUCCCACCAGAAUAACCAACUGUUCUGGUUCAGGGACAGGUUUCAAUGAUGUACCAACCCUAGAUCCAGAAUUGUAUAACCUGAACUGGAUGAAAUCUAUACCUGACGAGACUCCAGUAUCUGCUAUCUCCAUUCCUGGAACACAUGAAAGCUUAACAUUACAUGGAGGACCACUUGCUAAAUGUCAAGUUUGGACCUUAAAAGACCAACUUAAUGUGGGAAUACGGUAUUUUGAUGUGCAUGUUGGGAUUUGGCUGCCCACCCAAAACCAUAUUCAUAUCCGGGAUAGACACUGGAUGUUUUCACAACACAUUCAAUUUGAUGAAGUCCUAGGGACUGUUUCAGAUUUCCUCACAGUCCAUAGUACUGAGACUGUGCUGUUGAAAGUUACACUGCAAGGGUUAUACCAGAGGAAAGUCGAAGAAGAACUGAUGAAGAAAUUAAUUGAAAAAUUUGAAAAUAAGAUAUGGAAUAAGUUGUUGGUACCGACCAUGGAACAGGCAAGGGGCAAGAUUGUUUUUCUCCAGAGUAACAUGUUCAAUGCUGGAACAUUAAAUCAUGAAUCAUUUUUCAUUAAAUAUAACGAGCUAAUCAAUGUUGAAGACAAAAUAAAGCAAAUCAAGUCACACCUCUGUGACCAUCAUAUUGUACUGACUGACAAUGCAGUGUCAAGGUUUGAAAGUCCUAAAAAGUUGGCUAAAAAAGUUAACAAACAGCUUAAUAACUUCUUGGUAAAACAUAAGAAAGGCUCCUUAAAUAAAGGUUGCUUAGGUGUCUUAAGCAUGAACUUCCCCAGUGCUGAUCUUAUUAAAAACAUCAUUCAACUAAAACCAGAUGACUUUAACUGA